AUGAACCAACAUGAACAAAACGCGAAUAUUCGGAAACAAACACGAAUGGAUGCUUACAAAAUUGAAAAAUCUUUGUUAGUGGAAACAAAAGCCAAACUAGAAAAAUGCAGCAAAAAUGAUAAUCCUGAACUAGUAGCUGUGACUGUUUCUUGCGAAAAUUCCGAAAAAGGAAAUUUAAACGAUAAAUCCACGUUUAUUAAGCCCACAAAUGAUAACACUAUCAAAAAAAUUAAAUCAGCUGCUACAAAAAUGGGGAGACGGGAAGACACUGAGUUAAUAUUGACUGCUACUUGUGAAAACCCCGAUAUUGUAAAUGUUUGGGAACAUUUUCAAUUUGUUGAAGCAACUUGUGACGAUUAUGUGACUAAAACUAAAUCAGUUGUAUCAGAAAUGGAGAGACAGGAAGACACUGAGUUAUUGUCGACUGCUACAUAUGAAAAUCCCGAUAUUUGCGUGAAUUCAGAAUAUGAAGCAACCCAUGAUCAUACUAUGAUUGAACCUAAAACAGUUGCAACAGAAAAGGGGUAUAUUGAACUGAGAGAUACUGAGCCAAGAGUAAUUGCUACUUAUGAAAAACCCGAUAUUGUAAAUUUAAACGAAAGUCCAGAAUUUUUUGAAGCUAGUGCCUUACUAAAUUUUGAUGAAAACCAAGAAAUUUUUUCAGAAAAUUUACGAAAUUAUGUAGAUAAAGAAGGCGAACCUGAACAGGGGUUUUCUAAAAAAUCGGGACAUAAACAGCAUUCAUGUGUGUUCUGUAAAAAAGUACUCUACCAGUUACCAAGACAUUGGUUUCAAAUUCAUUUUAGAGAGCCUGAAAUAAGAGAAAUUAUGUCUCUCAAUAGUAAGAAUCCAGAGAGAAAAAUGAAAAUCGAUAAAUUAAGAAAAAAAGGGGAUUAUAACUUUAACCAGGAGACAGGUGAUAGUGAAAAUAUUGUUUUAAGACGGGGCAUAACAGAUAAUAAAGAUUAUAGACCUUGUCCCUCAUGUUUGGGAUAUUUUAGGAAAGACAAUUUGCGACAUCAUCGAAAACGAUGCUCGCCAAAAAAAGGUGACAGGGCUCUUCAGGGUAAUUCAAUUAAAUUAACCAAUUAUAUUCAUAGUCGGGCAUCAAAUAUGUUAAGAAAUGAAGUUGCUUCACAUAUGUUUAAAGAUGAAAUCAGCAAACAUUUCCUUUUUGAUGAAAUUAUUAUAGUUUAUGGAAACUUCUUAUGUAUUAAAUAUACAGAAUCGCAUUUGAAAACGCAUAUACGUGCCCAAUUACGGUUGUUAGGAAGGUUCAUGCAACAGUGUAAAUUAAUAGAUCCAAAAAUAAAAUGUUGCAAGGACUUGAUGCAUCCAGCCUGUAUUGAUACGAUUAGAAUGGCAAUUGAUGCGGUUGCAGAGUUCACUCCUGAAUCCGGCGUUUAUAAACAUCCUACGAAUGCUAGGACUUUGAGCACAGAAUUUAAAAAAAUAUUGGAAGUAGUUUUAUCAGAAAGCGAUAAAAAUUUAGAUGAACAAUUAAGAAAAUUAACAAAAGCAUUGACCCGUCGAUAUAACUUAGAAUUAGCACCAUAUUUAAAUCGAGUCUGCAAACUUAGUGAAAACAGAUACAAACGAUUAAAACCAAUCAACAACUUACCAGAAAAUAAACAAAUUGAAGAAUACUUGAAUUAUUUAGCAAAUAAAUCAAAUGAUCUUCUUAAUAAAUUAAAAACUGGCUACAAUUUUAAUAACUGGAAUAAAUUAUGCGAAUGCCUCCUGGUAGCCUUGGCUGUAUUCAACAGAAAACGACCGGGUGAAACCCAGCGAAUUGAAUUAGAAGACUUCUAUAAGAAAGAGUGCGUUAGCAAGCAGGAUAUGAUAAACCUGAGUGAAGAAGAAAAAAUCCAAGCUGACAAAUACAUUCGAGUAACUUUUAGAGGAAAACUUGGCAACAACACUGCUUUACUAAUAGAUAAGCAGAGAUUUCUUCCAAGUUUAGAGAUAAUAAUAAAAUACAGAUUAAGAGCUGGCGUUCAUCCGGAUAAUCCAUUUUUAUUUGGUCUUCCAUCAAAAGAUAAACAUUUGACUUACUGCACCUAUAGAUGCCAUCGCCAAUUUUUAGAAGAAAGUGGUAUGCACUCAUCGGCUCUAACAUUUACCAAUUUGAGAAAACAUUUCGCUACCCAAGUUGCAAAAGAGGGUACUUCACAUCAAGAAGAAUUAAGAGUCUCAAAUUAUAUGUCUCAUAAAUAUAGUCUUCACAAAACAGUCUACGAUCAAAGUACACCAUUAGUAGAUAUUACGACAGUAUCUCAACAUCUUGAAAGAAGUGCCAAGAGUGGAACAAAAGUGAAACAUACAAUUAAAAGAGGAAUUGAAGAUGAAAGUGCCAUACAGUUAAAGAAAAAACAAAAAACGGAUAUUGAUUCAUAUGAAGAAUAUAAACUCGAAAAUAAUGAAUCUGAUGAAUCUGAUGGAACUGAUUCUGAUCCAGAUUUGACGAUGUCUUAUUCAGGGAAAUUUAAAAGACGAAAACUAUGGUCUACAAAGGAAAAACAUGUAACAAGAACUUAUUUUCAUGGUGAACUAGAAAAUGAUGGUUACAUCAGUCCUAACAAAAUUCGUAAGUUAAAGAAUGUACAUCCCGAGAUAUUACAGCAUAGAAGUAUUCCAAUGAUCAAACAAUGGCUGGAAGGAGAAAAACAAAAGAAAAAAAGAAGAGCCGAUGGCAUUGAAGCGACCCGUUUAAGGUACACAACUCCAGAGAAGGAGUUACUGGAGAAAAGUUUAGAACAUCACUCACUCAAUGGAAGUGAACCUUCCAUAGAAGAAUUGGAGAAUUUGAUAAAAGAGAAUAAUACUAUCAAAAGAAGAAGGGAGAGUAUUAUUAUUAUUAUUAUUAUUAUUAAAUUAAUGAUAAAUACAGAGCCAUCUAUUUGCAAAUAG